AUGGGUAUGGCAUCAAAAGUCAUCUCCAUCUUCCUCCGCGGCUGGGCCUUCAUAAGUGCCGUCAUCGUCACCGGCAUCUCGGGCAGCUUCAUCCAUCACCUCCACACCCACGACCUAGGCAGUUUCGCAAGGAUCAACUACACGAUUUCGAUUGCCGUCAUCAGCAUCGUGUUUUCCCUGGUACUGAUGCCGCCGUUCCGGUAUACGUUUUGGGCAUUUCCGUUUGAUGCAGCCAUGUUUAUCAUGUGGAUGGUUGCCUUUGGACUUCUUGCCGGCUUGGCUUCCAGCUGCGGUGGCUUCUGGUUCAGAUUCACUUGGAGGUUCUCCUGGAACGGUAACCGCUGUUCGAUGUGGAGGGCUCUGCUUGCCUUUUCCUUCAUUAGUAGCAUGAUGUGGCUCGGCAGUGCCCUCUUGGGUAUCUACAAGACUGGCCCGUGGAAUAAGGACCAAGAGGGAUAUGUUGGUUCUCGCAGAGAAAAGCACAACCGUGGAUCGGGAACUCAGCCUAUGACCCAGCCUUCUGGACAAACUACUGGACAGACUACUGGCCAGGUUCCUGCUCAGCCCGCUACUGCGCAACCAGCUACCUACACUUCCAACAACGUCUAA